AUGCAGGAAUUGCGUAGCAGGGAGUCUGAUGUAAAGAAUGAACUGAAGACAGCGAAGAUAGAAGAAGAUCUUAAAAUAGGGAGAUAUUUCUCCCUCUCGCUGGUAGGAUUGGGAAAGCUUGUCAUAAAGAAGACCGAAGAGGUGGUGAACCUCAAGAAGAGAGGCCGUUUUUCAGAAGGGUUACUUGCUAAUCUAUUACCCGAAAGUGAAAGCAUGCCCAUGACGAAACUCGUGGGUAGAACGACAGCCCAAAGAAAUUUGGAACAGAUUUGGGGAUCUUUGAGGGAUCACAACAUCAGAACUAUUGGUGUCUAUGGCAUGGGGGGAGUUGGCAAGACCACCAUCAUGACCCACAUUUACAAUCAAAUAAAGAGCUUCAGAAGAUUAGGCAUUGCUAUUUGGGUGACAGUGUCUAAUGAUUUGAAUAUUGAGAAAAUACAAAAUGGUAUUGCACAAGCAAUAAGAUUGGAAUUUUCUGAUAAAGAUGAUGAAAUGAGCAGGUCAAUGAAAUUGUUUGAGGGUUUGAAGCAUAGGGAGAAGUUUGUUAUCAUCUUUGAUGAUGUGUGGAAACCGUUUUCAUUGGAAAAGGUAGGGAUUCCUGAGGGCAAUGCAUUCAAAAUUGUAUUGACUACUCGAUUAAAAAAUGUGUGCCGAGGCAUGAGGUGUCAAAAAAAGGUUGAAGUGCAGGUUCUUUCAAGAGAAGAAGCAUGGGAAUUGUUCCAGGAAAGGCUCGGGGCUGAUGUGGUGCUUCCUCCAGAAGUAGAACCGACCGCGAAGCUUGUCACUGAAGAAUGUGGUGGUUUGCCGCUUGGAAUCAUCACGGUAGCAAGAGCAAUGAGAGAAAAAGGUGACAUUAGAGAAUGGAGAAAUGCAUUGGACGAGUUAAAAUGCUCAAUGACAGAGAUUGAAGGCAUGGAUGAUGAAGUUUUUCCAAUUUUAAAAUUUAGUUAUGAUCGACUAAAAUCUGAGCGGAUUCGAUCUUGUUUCUUGUAUUGUGCGUUGUACCCAGAGGACUAUGCAUUCUAUGAUGAAGAACUGAUAGGGUAUUGGAUAGCAGAAGGAUUGAUAGAUGAUAUGGGAGACUGGGAAAAGGAACUCGACAAAGGCCACACAAUAUUGAAUGGACUGAUAGAUGUUUGUAUGUUGGUAAAGAGGUUUGAUGAUUGUAUAGUAAUGCAUGAUCUAAUCAGAGACUUAGCCAUCAGCAUUACAAGGAAGAGCCCUCGGUUUGUGGUUAAGGUUGGGACUGGAAUAAGGGGAUCAAUGGGUGUAGAAGAAUUUACUUCAGAGGUUGAAAGAAUCUCAUUAAUGAGAAAUGAAAUUAAAAUGCUUUUAGGCCAACCCAAUUGCCCAAAACUCUCGACAUUAUUGUUGCAACGUAACCCUCCCUUACGCAACAUUUCUCAUUGUUUCUUCGAUCGCAUGAAUAACCUAAGAGUUCUCAAUCUCUCUUACACAAGUAUUGAGUAUGUGCCAGUAUCAGUUUCCAACUUGGAGAACCUGUCUGUACUCUUAUUAAAUAAUUGUUGGAGGUUAACUGAGGUACCGUCCUUAGCAAAGCUCAAGCGUCUCAGGCUUUUGAACCUCUCUAAUACUAGCAUCAAAGAAGUGCCAGAUGGGAUGGAAUGUUUGGUUAACCUCAAAGAGCUUUAUGUUGGAUCUGAAGAAUGGGUUGAUUUUGAUAGGUAUGUCAGAUCUGGGCAUUGGAAAUGCUUGAAACUCGUCGAUCUCAGUUCAAAGUUUGGAUAUCUCACCUUAGAGACAAAUAGGUUGGUUGCUAUUGGUUGUAAUUUCGUUGAGGAAGAGAGCUCCUCAGUGCCUCCUGAUAAUAUUGUUGAGCUGAUUCUGAAUGAAUGUGAGCUGUUAAGCUUACGCGGCCUGUCUCGCUUGCAAUGCUUGCAAAAAUGUAAGAUCUCGUUCUGUAGCAUGAAAUGGUUGUUGCCAAUGGAAGACAACCCCACCAUGAGAUCUUUACCAUCAAUGACACCAACUGGUUCAUUUGCUUUCCUAAGACACCUGACUGUCUACAGAUGCCAAGUAUUGGAGAGUCUCAUGUCACUUGAAUUGUUUCAGCAGCUCCAAUGCCUCGAAAGAAUCGAUAUUGAAGGAUGUUCUGAGAUGGAGGAGGUGAUACAAGGAGGAGAAGCUAUGGUUGAAGAAGGUGAUAACAAUAAAAAUAAUAAUCCUGCCGUGCUUCCAAAGUUGAGGGAGUUCUAUUUGAUAAAUUUAGGGAAAUUGAAAAGUGUUUGUAAGCGGGUUAUCAUUUGCCCUUCCCUGAGUGAGAUUUCUAUAGUGGGUUGUUGUCAGUUGAAGAAGCUCUCUCUUUCGUUGGGUAACUCAACGUCUGUUGUGGAAGGAACGAUCGAAGGAAGCAAAGAGUGGUUGGAUGCGUUGGCGUGGGAUGAUCCCAACACCAAAACACUCCUGCUACCUCUUUUUCAAGAAGCUGAAGCAAAAGAAGAAGAAGAAGAAGAAAAAGCAGAAAAAGCCGCAGCACCAGCAGCACCAGCAGCAGCAGGAGGAGGAUGUGGAAUCAAAAGAAAAGCAGAGCAACAGGUUUCUUCGACAUACCAGCAGCCACUAUCUUCUUACUAA